AUGAAGAAGAUCUCCAUCUGGUUCAUUCUUGCGCUUGCUUUGGUUAAUUUAGCACUUGUUGUAAACGGAGAUGAAUCAGAGACGACAAUAGUGAAGAAGGUGAAGGGAAAGAAAGUGUGUAAAAGAGGAUGGGAGUGUUUAGAAUGGUCCGAGUACUGUUGCAAUCAAACAAUAUCUGAUUUCUUCCAGCCUUACCAGUUUGAGAACCUGUUCUCAAAGAGGAAUUCUCCUGUGGCACACGCGGUUGGAUUCUGGGAUUACCAGUCUUUCAUUAUGGCCUCUACCAGUUUUCAGCAUCUUGGGUUUUGUACGACUGGUGGCAAGGUUAUGCAGAUGAAGGAGCUUGCUGCCUUCCUUGCUCAUGUUGGCUGCAAAACCUCUUGUGGUUAUGGAGUGGCUACUGGAGGACCAUUGGCCUACGGUCUUUGCUACAACAAGGAAAUGAGUCCGAGUGAGUCAUAUUGUGAUGAUUUUUACAAAUACACCUAUCCUUGUGCUCCUGGAGCUGAAUACUAUGGCCGUGGUGCCAUACCAAUUUACUGGAACUAUAACUACGGAGUUACUGGAGAAGCUCUGAAGGAGGAUUUGUUGAACCAUCCAGAGUACUUGGAACAAAAUGCUACCCUUGCCUUCAAGGCUGCAAUGUGGAGGUGGUCGACUCCAAUAAAGAAAUCACAGCCUUCAGCCCAUGAUGCCUUUGUUGGCAACUGGAAACCCACCAAGAAUGAUACUCUUUCCAAGAGGGUUCCAGGAUUUGGUACGACAAUGAAUAUUCUCUAUGGGGAUCUUGUUUGCGGCCAGGGUGAUAUAGAUGGCAUGAACAACUUCGUCUCCCAUUACCUAUAUUACCUUGACUUGCUGGGUGUGGGUAGAGAAGAGGCAGGGCCCCAUGAAUUUCUCACUUGUGCCGAGCAGGUUGCAUUUAAUCCAUCUUCUUCCAGUCCUUCAGCAUCUUCCUGA